CCCAUUGACAGUUACUGGCGUUACUGAGUGAUUCUCAGUUGUGCGACACACAAGAAAACAAAAAGUGAAAUACGCUUAACGGCCACCAAUAAAUUUUCUAGACUAAAUUGACUUUUGCUCAGUGAAAUUCCGUAGUUUUUACUUGAAAUUGUUCGUGGCGUUGCAAUGGAGCUGAACGAAGAAAAUUUCAAACUGAUAGCCCAGUAUUUACAACAUACAUUAAGUCCAGACUCGAACAUCCGACGACCGGCGGAAAAGUUUCUCGAAAACGUCGAGACCAAUCAAAAUUAUUCGAUUUUACUGUUGCAUUUGGUUGGAAAGGAUGAUGUCGAUGGUACAAUUCGUAUAGCUGGUUCUAUUGCGUUCAAAAAUUUUGUCAAACGUAACUGGAAUGCCCAUGCAGACAGUGAUUCGCCGGACCGAAUUCACAGCGAUGAUCGGUCGGCCAUCAAGCAAUACAUUGUAACGUUGAUGUUAAAGUCAUCGCCGAGCAUACAAAAGCAACUGAGUGACGCCAUCAGUAUCAUCGGAAAAUAUGAUUUUCCGGAAAAGUGGCCGCAAUUGAUCACUGAAAUGGUGGACAAAUUUGCCACCGGUGACUUCAAUGUCAUCAACGGCGUACUGCAGACGGCCCAUUCGAUAUUCAAGCGUUAUCGCUACGAGUUCAAGUCACAAAAAUUGUGGGAAGAAAUCAAAUUGGUGUUGACGACAUUCGCUAAACCGUUAACGGAUCUGUUGGUCGCUACGAUGGAUUUGGCGAAAACUCAUGCCGGCAAUGUGGUUGCCUUGAAGGUGAUCUACAGUUCGUUCGACUUGAUGGCGAAAGUGUUUUAUUCGCUGAAUUCGCAAGAUUUGCCCGAGUUUUUCGAAGACAAUAUGCAGAUUUGGAUGAAUGCUUUCCACGAACUGCUCGUCACCGACGUUCCUUGCUUGAAUACCGGGGACGAAGAAGAGGCAGGAGUGGCCGAACAGCUGCGUUCUCAAAUCUGUGAUAACUUGGGACUGUAUGCGCUCAAGUACGACGAAGAGUUUGGCACAUACAUGCAGCAAUUUGUGACUGACGUCUGGGAACUAUUAGUUAAAACUGGCAUCCAAACGAAAUAUGACUCGAUCGUGUCAAACGCUUUGAAGUUUCUAUCAAUUGUUGCCGAUCGUAAUCACUACAGAAAUCUGUUCGAAGAUCCCAAAGUAUUGGCUAGCAUUUGUGAAAAGGUCAUCAUACCUAACAUGGACUUCCGAGCUUCCGAUGAAGAACUAUUCGAAGACAGUCCCGAAGAGUACAUCCGUCGUGACAUCGAAGGUUCGGACACCGAAACGCGUCGGCGGGCUGCCUGUGAUCUAGUGAAAACGUUGUCACAAAAUUUUGAGGCGAAAAUUUUCGAAAUAUUCAGCCAAUACCUUCAGGUUCUGAUGGCCAAAUAUGCUGAAAAUCCCGCUCAAAAUUGGCGAACCAAGGACACAGCAAUCUUUCUGGUCACAUCACUGGCUUCACGUGGUGCCACACAAAAGCUGGGCGUAACGCAAACGUCCGAAUUGGUGCCAAUACCACAGUUCUGCCAGCAACAAAUCGUUCCCGAAUUGGAACGGACGAAUAUCAACGAGCUGCCAGUUAUCAAGGCCGAUGCAUUGAAAUUUGUGCUGACAUUCCGCAGUGUUCUCGGUCCACAAACGAUGUUGGCGUGUAUGCCGUAUUUGAUUCGACAUUUGGGUGCAUCAAGCAUUGUGGUUCACAGUUAUGCGGCGUGUGGCAUCGAAAAAAUUUUACUUCUGAAAGGACCGGAUGGUAAUCCAUUGAUAUCGAAAGAACAACUGUCUCCCAUAUCGGCGGAGCUGUUGAGUGGACUGUUUUCCAUUUUGAACGUACCCGGAUCCACGGAAAACGAAUACGUGAUGAAAGCCAUAAUGCGCAGCUUCUCAACGUUGGAGGAAGUAUCGAUGCCGUUCAUGGGUGUUGCGCUACCACGUUUAACCGAAAUUCUAACCAUUGUCGCCAAGAAUCCAUCCCGACCACAUUUCAAUCACUUUUUGUUCGAAACACUGUCGCUGGCCAUAAAAAUCGUUUGCAAGGCCCAACCGAGCGCUGUCAGUUCAUUCGAAGAAGCACUGUUCCCGGUAUUCCAAGACAUUUUACAGCAAGACGUUCUGGAGUUUAUGCCGUACGUUUUCCAAAUGCUGUCGUUGCUACUGGAAAUGAGAGAAGAAGCUAAAACACCGAUACCGGAACCGUACUGGGCAUUGUUUCCCUGCCUCCUGGCACCAUCACUAUGGGAUCGAUCUGGAAAUGUAACGCCUCUGAUUCGUUUACUAUCGGCAUUCAUUCGGCUGGGGUCGGCACAGAUCACGAAAUACGAUAAAUUGAACGCAAUCCUGGGCGUUUUCCAGAAGAUGAUCGCAUCAAAGGCAAACGAUCACGAAGGAUUCCAUCUCAUUCAAGUUCUGUUGAUGCAUUACCCAUUCAACGAAUUGGAGUCGAGCAUUCGCCAGAUUUUCGCGUUGCUAUUUCAACGUCUCAGUCUAUCAAAAACGGCCAAAUAUGUGAAAGGAUUCAUCGUCUUCCUGUGCUUCUAUGCAGCUAAAAUUGGCAGUGCCGCAUUGGUGGAAUUAAUCGACAACAUUCAACCACAAAUGUUUGGCAUGGUAAUCGAGCGAGUGCUCAUACCUGACCUGGCAAAAGUAUCCGGCGAGACAAGUAAAAAAAUCGUUUCCGUUGGCAUGGCGAAAAUCCUGUGCGAAUGUCCGUCAUUGUUGAUCAAUCCAUACCGCAACUAUUGGCCAAAAGUACUGGAAUCAUUGAUACAAAUCUACGAACUGCCGCCCGACGAAGGUCUCUUGGAUGGUGAUCACUUGAACGACGAAGAAGAAGUUGGAUACCAGGCCGCAUAUUCGCAAUUGAAUUUCGCUCAGACAAAACGCCACGAUCCAUUGGUCGAUGUUGACGAUGGCCGGAAGUUUUUGAUUCAAAAUUUGGCAAUUCUGUCCUUGUCUCGGCCCGGCGAAAUACCCACAUUAAUUGCAUCACUGCCGUCGGAUCAUCAGCAAGCGUUACAGAAAUAUUGUGCACAGUAUGGCAUUCAAAUUGCUUAAAGGCGCAUCGGUUCUCUGAGGAUUUGUUUUUUUUUGUAUGUUCUCUGUUUCAAUUCUGAACUAAUUUUUACGCUUUCGAUUAUAUUCAAUGCAUUUUUCUUUAAAUUAAUUUCGAUGGAAAUAAAAGGAGUAAAGUCAA